AUGAAAUCCUCACAAAUGCAACAUAAAAGUUGGUUAUAAUUAUAGAGAUUUGAAGAGUAUGAAAUAAAUAAAAAAAAAUACCUUGAAAAGGAACAGGAAUUAAAAUUCAAAAGCUAAGAUUAAUAUGUUCAAUAGAAGUAAAUUAAUUGGAUUGGAGACAUACAUGAAAGAUAAACUUUAAUAUAGAAGGCAAAAUGGAAGUGGAUAGAGGAGCAAAAGAAAAUAUUAGAUAAGAAAAGAGAAAUGGAUUAAUUAGAAGGAGCUACAUUUCAUCCAUAGAUAUUAAAUAAAGAUUAAAAAAUAAGAACUCCUGAUUAAUUCUAUAAAGAUAAUAUAGACUAUAAAAAUAAAACUGUAUUAAUUUUAAAUAUUAAAAAAUGUAGGAAAAAUAAAUAUAGUAAUUAAUUAAGUAAAAGGAAGACUAAAUUAAUAACAGAAGUUGUUCUCCUAAAAUAAAUAAAAAAUCUGUUUAAAUGGUUGUGCAACCUUUUUAUGACAGAUUGAAAGAGAAAUAGUUAGAGAGAGAAUAGAAUUUAUUAAAAAUUAAGAAGAGUAUAACGCCUUCCUUUAGUCCAUAAAUAUAUUCUCGAAACUUUUAAAGUCGUCAAACAUAUCAAUAUGUUUAAUAAUUUGUAAAUUUGAACUCAACCAAAAACAAAACAUAUGAAAUUAAUUUGGAAAAUGUCAAAAAUGAUUAUAAAACUUUUACAUUUUUUGAGGACAUACGAAGAAUUUAAAAUUCGCCUUCUGAUUUAAAUUAAUCUUAUAAUGAGACUAAAAAUUUACUUUUUUUAACUGAGAAUAAUUAAAUUUUAAAUACUGAAUAGAGUUAAUAAUAGAGUACAACAAAAAAGUAGUAGAGAUCGAUGAGUCCUUUAAAAUCAAUCACAUUAAAAACAACUUAAAAAAAUUAUUUUAAAAAAUGA